AAAUUGAAAGGUCGGCCUUUCGCGCGCUGUGUAGCCAAGUUGCCCGUAUUCUGCGUUGCUGGCUGUGGGUGCUCUGGCCACAGUGAGUUAGGGGCGUCGGAGCGGGUUUCUCUAACCCCAGUCGGCUCCGCUCAAGGGGAGGAGGAGAGUCCCUUCUCGGAAGACCUAAGGAAACAUGUCGUCUGGAAUGGGCUUGGGGGCCACGCCUGCACAUCUCCGCGAGACAGAGGGAUAAAGUGAAGAUGGUGCUGUUAUUGUCACCUCGAGUGCCACAUGCGAUCUCUUUGAGAUACGUACACAGUCAUUCUUACUAUUGCGCUCAGCCAUUCUUACUACGCUAAAGAAGAAAUACUUAUUCGAGGAUAUUUGCCUGACCCAGAAGAAACUUAUGUAAAUUUCAUGAACUAUUAUAUCCGUUUUCCUCGGAGUGACAGAAAACUCUUUUUAGAUACCAUCUGAGAGGUAGUUAAUUUGGCACCAUGGGGAUACAGGGAUUGCUACAAUUUAUCAAAGAAGCUUCAGAACCCAUCCAUGUGAGGAAGUAUAAAGGGCAGGUAGUAGCUGUGGAUACAUAUUGCUGGCUUCACAAAGGAGCUAUUGCUUGUGCUGAAAAACUAGCCAAAGGUGAACCUACUGAUAGGUAUGUAGGAUUUUGUAUGAAAUUUGUAAAUAUGUUACUAUCUCAUGGGAUCAAGCCUAUUCUCGUAUUUGAUGGAUGCACUUUACCUUCUAAAAAGGAAGUAGAGAGAUCUAGAAGAGAAAGACGACAAGCCAAUCUUCUUAAGGGAAAGCAGCUUCUUCGUGAGGGGAAAGUCUCAGAAGCCCGAGAGUGUUUCACCCGGUCUAUCAAUAUCACACAUGCCAUGGCCCACAAAGUAAUUAAAGCUGCCCGGUCUCAGGGGGUAGAUUGCCUUGUGGCUCCCUAUGAAGCUGAUGCGCAGUUGGCCUAUCUUAACAAAGCGGGAAUUGUGCAAGCCAUAAUUACAGAGGACUCGGAUCUCCUAGCUUUUGGCUGUAAAAAGGUGAUUUUAAAGAUGGACCAGUUUGGAAAUGGACUUGAAAUUGAUCAAGCUCGGCUAGGAAUGUGCAGACAGCUUGGGGAUGUAUUCACGGAAGAGAAGUUUCGUUACAUGUGUAUUCUUUCAGGCUGUGACUACCUGUCAUCACUGCGUGGGAUUGGAUUAGCAAAGGCAUGCAAAGUCCUAAGACUAGCCAAUAAUCCAGAUAUAGUAAAGGUUAUCAAGAAAAUUGGACAUUAUCUCAAGAUGAAUAUCACGGUACCAGAGGAUUACAUCAAAGGAUUUAUUCGGGCCAACAAUACCUUCCUCUAUCAGCUAGUUUUCGAUCCCAUCAAAAGGAAACUUAUUCCUCUGAACGCCUAUGAAGAUGAUGUUGAUCCUGAAACACUAAGCUACGCUGGGCAAUAUGUUGAUGAUUCCAUAGCUCUUCAGAUAGCACUUGGAAAUAAAGAUAUAAAUACUUUUGAACAGAUCGAUGACUACAAUCCAGACACUGCUAUGCCUGCCCAUUCAAGAAGUCGUAGUUGCGAUGACAAAACAUGUCAAAAGUCAGCUAAUGUUAGCAGCAUUUGGCAUAGGAAUUACUCUCCCAGACCAGAGUCGGGUAUUGUUUCAGAUGCCCCACGACUGAAGGAAAAUCCAAGUACUGUGGGAGUGGAACGAGUGAUUAGUACUAAAGGGUUAAAUCUCCCAAGGAAAUCGUCCAUUGUGAAAAGACCAAGAAGUGAGCUGUCAGAAGAUGACCUGUUGAGUCAGUAUUCUCUUUCAUUUAUGAAGAAGACCAAGAAAAAUAGCUCUGAAGGCAAUAAAUCAUUGAGCUCUUCUGAAGUGUUUGUGCCUGACCUGGCAAAUGGACCUACUAACAAAAAGAGCGUAAGCACUCCACCUAGGACUAGAAAUAAAUUUGCAACACUUUUACAAAGGAAAAAUGAAGAAAGUGGUGCAGUUGUGGUUCCAGGGACCAGAAGCAGGUUUUUUUGCAGUUCAGAUUCUAUUGACUAUGUAUCAAACAAAGGGAGCAGCCAGCCUCUGGAUGAAACUGCUGUCACAGAUAAAGAGAACAACCUGCAUGAAUCAGAGUAUGGAGACCAAGAAGGCAAGAGGCUGGUUGACACAAAUGUAGCACAUAAUUCAAGUGAUGACAUUCUGAAUAAUCAUAUUCCAAGUGAUCAUAUUCCAGACAAGGCAACAGUGUUUACAGAUGAAGAGUCCCACUCUUUUAAGAGCAGCAAAUUCACAAGGACCAUUUCACCAUCCACUUUGGGAACACUAAGAAGUUGUUUUAGUUGGACUGGAGGUCUUGGAGAUCUUUCAAGAACGCCAAGCCCCUCUCCAGGCACAGCAUUGCAGCAAUUCCGAAGAAAGAGCGAUUCCCCCACCUCUUUGCCUGAGAAUAAUACGUCUGAUAUGUCGCAGUUAAAGAGCGAGGAGUCCAGUGAUGAUGAGUCUCAUCCCUUACGAGAAGGGGAGUGUUCUUCACAGUCCCAGGAAAGUGGAGAAUUCUCACUGCAGAGUUCAAAUGCAUCAAAGAUUUCUCAGUGCUCUAGUAAGGACUCUGAUUCAGAGGAAUCUGAUUGCAAUAUUAAGUUACUUGAUAGUCAAAGUGACCAGACCUCCAAGCUACGUUUAUCUCAUUUCUCAAAAAAAGACACACCUCUAAGGAACAAGGUUCCUGGGCUGUAUAAGUCCAGUUCUGCAGACUCUCUUUCUACAACCAAGAUCAAACCUCUAGGACCUGCCAGAGCCAGUGGGCUGAGCAAGAAGCCAGCAAGCAUCCAGAAAAGAAAGCAUCAUAAUGCCGAGAACACGCCGGGAUUACAAAUCAAACUCAAUGAGCUCUGGAAAAACUUUGGAUUUAAAAAAGAUUCCGAAAAGCUUCCUUCUUGUAAGAAACCCCUGUCCCCAGUCAGAGAUAACAUCCAACUAACUCCAGAAGCGGAAGAGGAUAUAUUUAACAAACCUGAAUGUGGCCGUGUUCAAAGAGCAAUAUUCCAGUAAAUGCAGACUGCUGCGAAGCUUUUGCCUGCAAGAGAAUCUGAUCAAUUUGAAGUCCCUGUUUGGGAGUGAGGCACUUAUCAGCAUGAAGAAUUUUUUCUGAUUCUGUGCCAUUUUAAAAAUAGAAUACAUUUUGUAUAUCAACUUUAUAAUUGGGUUGUGGUUUUUUUGCUCAGCUUUUUAUAUUUUUAUAAGAAGCUAAAUAGAAGAAUAAGUGCAUUUCUGACAGGUUUUUGGAGGUUUUAGUGUUAAUUGGGAAAAUCCCCUGGAGUUUAUAAAAGUCUACUCUAAAUAUUUCUGUAACGUUGUCAAGUAGAAAGAUAGUAAAUGGAGAAACUACAA